UGUCAUUUUUUACAGUUGUUGCCUGUGCACUAAGUCAAAAUGAAAUAGUGAGAGACUGGGAGUGGCUUAAAAACAACCUUCUAAAAACUUUAGAAUCAUUUGAUACGGAAGAUGAAGCAACAGACUAUGUUCGCUGUAAAAUAGAAAGCCUUCUUGCUCAUAGCAACUCUGAGAACCUUCAGCCUCUUGAUGAUGAUAGCUUCCAAUUCAAAACCUCUGCUACAAAAUUUGCUAAAGUUUUUGGAAUGCCAGAAGAGGAGAAACUUGUGAAUUAUUAUUCUUGCAGUUACUGGAAGAGUCGUGUACCUCGCCAAGGUUGGCUGUAUUUAAGCGUCAACUAUUUAUGUUUUUACUCUUACUUAUUUGGAAAAGAAACCAAACUUAUCAUCCGUUGGGUUGAUGUUGUCCAUUUGGAGAGAAGUAACACUGUGUUCUUUCCUGAGAGUAUCUGGGUGGCAACGAGAGAAAAAGAGUUGUUUAAGUCUAGAUGGUGUCAAAGGUAUGCAAAUUAUUGUGUAGUUAUACAAGUCUUGAUCAAACUUCGACUUUUACUCCUGAAGAUGGUGAUGUUGAUAUGUGAAGAAACUUUUCAAGCAGACAAAGACUUGGCCCAAAAGUCCAGUAGAAAUGUGCCAAAGAAGCCAUCUUAUUUAAAAAGAGAUUUAGAUGCUCGAGCCCAUAGUGAAGCUUACAGAAUGACUUUUAGGUUGCCAAGAGAUGAAAAACUUGAUGGGAGCACCGAAUGCACUCUUUGGACUCCAUACAACAAACAACAUGUUUGGGGAAGGCUAUUUAUCUCUUGUAAUUAUAUCUGCUUUGAAAGUCGAGUUAAAAAUUUGGUGUAUGUAAUCAUUCCUUUGAGAGACAUUGCCCUGGUGGAGAAAGUUGAUAGCAAUUCAUCAACCAAUGUUCUACAGGAUGCAUUAAUUCUCACUACCAACUCAAAAGUAAAUUUUCUGUUUGCACAGUUACCAGAUAGAGAUUUUUUACUAGAAAAAAUUUCAGAGCUCCUGGCUAAAGUACCAGUGAAUAACAGACCAGCAACUAACCUCAAGGAAACAGGCACUGAUGACCUCGGUGAAGAUAACAGUUCAUACAUCUCGUGGGAGCCUCAGCCAGCACUGUCUACGUUGUUUCAUGUUGAAAUCUCCAGCCACAUUGAAGCUCAGGAAGCUAACAAGCUUCAGCUAUGGAACAUUCAUUUUGCUGAAUAUGGAAGAGGGCUCUGUUCCUACAAUAAUUCCAGAGCUCAAGAGUUGGUCCUCAAAGGGAUACCUGACAAGCUCCGCGGAGAAUUGUGGAUGCUUUACUCUGGAGCCAUCAAUGAG